CGCGCCAGUCGCUCCGCGCGCCACGCUCAGAGCUCACGCACCACUCGCGCCACCGCCGCUCCGCCGCAUCGGCCGCGCACGCAAACACUCGAGUUUACAAACAAAUAUUAUUAUGCCGGCGUAAAACAAAUCAGCAACAAUGUCGUUCUGCAGAAUCACAGGCCGCAGCAGGGGGCUGCCCAAACCCAACUAUUUUCCGCUUCUUCUGCCCAUCUCGCCGGCGGACGCCAAGCGUUGCUGCAGGAUCACCGGCAAAUCCUACGGACUCCCGUCUCACCACUACAUUCCAGUGCUACUCACCUCCCGCUCGGGAAAGACCAAAUGCAAAAUUACUAACGUAUCCGGUGAACUCGGCCCGCACCACUAUGCGCCCGAAAUUAACUACGGUAAUAGAAAGCACGAAAUGCUACCGGACUACAGAUACAUUUUCCCCGUUUUAGACGGCUCUACCGAGGCUCAGAAAGUGUUAAUGGAAAUGCUGAUAGGAAAACAAGUGACCGAAGACAAGCGAUAUGUGUACACGGUUCAAGAGAGACGGUGCAGUUUAGUUUUCUCGGCUCAAAUGGAAGCGGCCGUCCGCGAUGGUGAUGUGCGCGACGUCAUGCUGGCGAAGGAUUCGGACACAGUGCUAAUCAAAAUGAAACAAGGCCGCAGUGUAUCGAUGGACUUCAAAGAUUUUACUGAAGACGUAGAAAUGUACGAAGGAGAGGGACCAAACGCAGAAGUUUUAAAACAAAGAGAACUAGAAGAAUUGGAAGAAAAGAAAAAGAAGAGAAAACGAGCAGGUCUCUCAUCGAUGAAAAAGAUAUUUGAAAACAAAGAAAAGUUGGCUGAGGUGCAGGAGUUGGAAGAGGAAAGACAUCGUCAAGAUCGAAUGGCUAAGAAAGCAAAGUUAGAAGAAUACAAACACGAAAAACACGACGUCAAAACUUUCACUUCAACGAAUUACGAUGUUAAUCAUAUGCGUUCAAAGUCUAGUAUUAUUAUGUGCAGUGGUGAAUGGCGAGAUCAGUUGCAUCCUAUUAUUGAAUCUUGGGAUUGGGACGUGUUUGAAAAAGAAAUGCAUCAACAUGAUGAACAUUUAGUUCCGAAGGCUAGUAAAUUACCUAUACCGGUGAAGUUAACACCACAUCAUUGUGAUGCUGAAAUUUAUGAAACUGACCGAAAUAUCAGUGAUAUUUCGAUGUCUUUAGAAAAUGUUCCUUGUGUGAACCCACUGAAACCAGUCAAGACACGGCCUGAUGAAACAGUAUUAACUGCUGUGAAGCAACUGUCAGAAGAACGUUUGACUGAAACAUCAGACGUCACAGAAAAGUUAGUUGUAGAAAAUAAAAUUGGCAUGCUCCCUACUUUAGAGCACUUGCCAGACCUAGUUAAAAAUAUAAAGAAAGGUAAAAGAGAAAAAAUUGCCAAAAUAUCAGGACUGACAUUAGACAUAAACAAGGCGAAAAAAUUCAUCCCCGGUCAACAUGUCAACACACCUCAAGGACCUGUCUUUGUGCCUGGCCAGACUGUGGAAACCCCUUCAGGUCCUGUGUUCGUACCAGGAUUGACUGUAAAUACACCUGCAGGUCCUGCAGUUAUUCCUGGACAUAUUGUCACCAACGAGUACACAAAUGAACCCUUCUUCCUUGCGGGACAAGUGAUGGAAACGACGAAUGGAGAAGAAUUUGUGUGUGGACAAACAAUCAAAAAUAAAGAUGACACGUAUCGGUUUGUUGAAGGUCAAACAGUGCUAUCACAGGAAGGACUUAAGUUUGUCCCUGGAAAAAUAAUAAAUAACGGCCCAGAAGAUGUAUUCGUGCCAGGUCAGACUAUUUUGACUCCAGAAGGAGUCCAAUUUGUGCCUGGUCAAACAAUAACAGAAAGCAACGGGAAUAUAUUCACGCCCGGACAAAAUGCCAAAAUAAACAAUGAAUGGCAAUUUAUACCCGGACAGGUGGUUCAUCAAGAUGAUGAGUUACACUUUGUUCCCGGUGCAACCAUUGCAACUCCUAAUGGCCUCAAGUUCGUUCCAGGGCAAACGGUAGCCGUCGAUGGUGAAACGUGCUUUGUACCUGGCAUAACAAAAACUACGAGUGGCGACAAACUUGAGUUCGUUCCUGGCACAACAGUGGAAACAAUAGAUGGACCGAAGUUCAUUGAAGGACAAAUAGUCCAUACUGAGUUAGGGGAAAAGUUUAUGCCUGGAAAAACUUUCGUUCAAUCUAAUGGACACGUUGAAUUUUCGGUAGCAAAAACAGUGGAAGAUAUUACUUUCUCGGAAGGUGCUCCUGUGGGCCUUCCUAUCGACAUCAAAACAAGCUCAUUAUCUGAAGAAUCUUUGUAUGUCUUUGGACAUAUGAUUCAAACAGCUAAAGGUAUUGAGUUUUACCCUGGUCCAAGAAUACCUAAAAUUGAAGGAAAAGUCGUGCCUGGAAGAUUGGUUAAAAAUGAAGCAAAUGAAUCUCGCUUUGUUCCUGGAAUGAUGGUCGAAGGCAUUUUUGUGCCGGGACAAAUUGUGUUCACAGAAAACGGUGAACAAUUUGUUCCAGGCCAGGUAGUAGAUACCGCAGAUGGACCUAAGUUCGUCCCAGGUCAAGUAGUAAAUACUAAAACAGGCCCUAAAUUCGUUCCCGGUCAAACAAUACAUACUAUCGACGGGCCGCGAUUUGUUCCGGGACAAAUUAUUGAAACAAAGGCUGGACCAACAUUCAUCCCUGGACAAGUUAUUUCUACUGAAGAUGAAGGCUCUAGAUUCGUACCUGGUCAAGUAGUUGAUACUGAAGAAGGUCCAAGAUUUGUGCCUGGACGAGUUAUUGAAACAGACGAUCAUGGGGUGACAUUUGUGCCUGGACAGAUAGUUCAAACGCCAGAGGGCUUGAAAUUCGUUGCCCCUGACCUUACUGAAGGUGAAGAAGGUCUUGAAUUUUCAGUUCAAAGCUUUGUCGUCACUCCAGAAGAACUCAAGCUCUUAAAAGUGAAAACGAACCCAAAUGACACUACAUCGACAAAAGGAGAGCUAACUAUCGAUACAAACAUGUUAAGACAGCUUUCAGAAGCUGGUAUGUCUAUUGGAAGGCAAGUCCCAGCUGAGUUACCUGCUAUUAACGUCGUUUUGAAUGAAACAAGGAAUGCAGAAGCUUUAAAAGCAUUUGUGACCGAUUUUGGACUGAAAGAUGAUGUUGCCAAUCAAUUAAUGCAAGUUAUCACUUCGAUCAUAGAAAUGAGUGCUCACUUGAAAUCCGAAAUUCGUGAUAAUAAUUCUGAAAAUGAAUCGAUCAACGACAAGAAAAAGCGAAGGUCAGACAAAAAAAGAAUGGGGAUUCAACAACACAGUGGACCGACUGAAGAAAAUGGCCAAACAGCUCAGCAGGAACAUGUUAAAAACUCAAUUGCUGCUGCUGUUUUAGCUGCUUUAGUAACGGCUGAGCAGUUUGAAGAAGUCAACAAUAAUAACAGCAAAGAAAAAUAUCAGCUUAUACUCAAAUCUAUUAAUACUAUAUUAGGAAAUACAAUUGACGAAGAAUUUGUUGCAUCUAUGUUCCAAAUUCUGCAGACUAACGAAGACAAAGAAACACUCUGCGAAGAAAUACUUGACAACACAACACAACCUAAAGUAGAAUUAAUCAAAAUUGCGGUAAAUAACGGUUUACACAAACAUUCCUUUACCGAAGAAGAUAUCAUAGAAAAGUUCGGAGACUUUUUGAGUUCUGAAAAUGAGGUAUUAGGACCUGCUUUCAAAAAUAUUUCUAAAAAUGACGCGAGUGUCCUGCAUCACGUUUUGGCUCAUAUUUCAGACUCAAUCUCAUUUGUGAAAACAGACCAUGAAGCAACUGAAACAUUGCAGAAAGCUAUUGUAUCUGCCGUGCAAGAAGCUAGCAGCAAAGAGUUAGAUAUAAUGCUACAAGAUCCCAAUCAAGAAAAUCUGAAAGAACUGAUUGUUCAAUCAGUGGGACUCGCUAAGAUACUGGGCAUUAGGGAUGUCGCUAUGAACUUACUUUCUGUCGUUAAUAAUGAAGAAAGCUUGGCACAAAUCGCUAAUGAUGCGACGAGUCUUAAUAUUUUGAAAAGAUUGACAGUUAUGAGAAAAUUGGCUGAUCAAACGCCGAGUCUCAAUUCUGCCCUUAAAAAAUUAGAGACAAACCCAGAACUGGCUCGCACCGAUCCUAAUCUCAGGGAUUUAGUGCGAGAAAGUGCGGCUCUUAUGAUCGUUCCCGAGGAACCACCCCUCAUGACUUCAGCCGACGUUCCACUGAGUUUACUUGAUCCCGAAAACAGUUUGGCGAUGGAAGACUUCCUAUUCCAGCGGAAAAAGCACCCUGGAGCUCUUUUGAUUAUGAAAAAAGGCUUGCAAGCGGUCGUGCCCCGUGAAGCCAGCCGCGCCGUGUUGACCGGUCAAGUUGCAUACACAGUUCUUGACGAAAGCGGAAUCAGACAUUUUGAGCCGAUGCACGUAUUCUCAGCUCUUAACCUUAGUCAGCCGACAGCCCAUAGAUUUUCAAUGUACAGCUGUCCUGUGGUAGACAAUGACGACGAAGACUUGCAGACGUUUACUGGCUACUGCAAUAUUAGCAACAAUCAGAGGAUCACCAAGUUCGGUGGUUGGUCUCGAAGAUACAACGGAGUUUUGUUAGACAGAGAAAAUACCAGAAGUCGAAUGAGCAGUUUAGAAAACACGCCAAGCUAUAAAAGAUAUCCGUCCCGAUCUUUAUCUAGAUCUCGUUCUAGUUGUAGCAGAAGUCCUCCCAAGGUAGAAGACGUAGUCGUUGCGACGACUGACUACACCGCCGCGGCGGAUGACGAGGUGUCGCUCAGGGCCGGCGAUAUCGUAGAAGUUCUCGACACGAAAACCGCACUCGGAUCCAAGUACAGAGGUCGGGUAUAUUGUUACGAGAACCAUUUCUUCCAGUCCAGAGGACCGUCUCUAGACUAUGUGUUUAGCGUCCCCACGUACAGAAUGUACUAUUACUGAGCCUGACAAGGAGGAGGAGCAGAUCAUACACCGCAUUGUAAAUAUCCCGCUUCAAACAAGAGGUGUCUUGAAUAUUUGUUGUAUGUUACCAAUAUCAUUGUUCUCCGUGUUGUGAUCGACAUUUAACUACAUAAUAUUGUGAUAAUCUGUAUUCAAUCGCGCCAUGUGUUGGCUUACCAUUUAGUGUUGUAUGUAAAUCAUUUUAUGUGUAUUUUUAAGAUAUACCUAUCUGCGAUUUAUGUUUAUCAAAAUAUAUUACUAUAGCAGGCUUGUAAGCUUCGUGUAACUCCACUGUAGGUGUGCAAUACGAUACUGGUGCCUUUAUUAUUAUCCAUAUAAACCAGAUUUCUAACACUAGUUUUAUAGUUAUCAUGUUAAAUCUGAAAUAUUUUUGGAAAACUUAACAUCCGAACAAUAUUAAACAAACAAAAACAUGCUUUCAAUAGGUAUAGGUCCAAAUAAACUUGAUAAUGUUUAUGCAGGAAAGGUUAAUCAUACGAAAAUGUAGACAGACCUUAAUUUUAAGAAUAAAGCUAUAAAAAGUUG